UCUAGUUUUAUUUCUCGACUGCAAUACUGUAAUAUAAGCCGUUUAUUUUUCUUGAAAAUUCUUUAUUUUUUCAUCGUGUUGUUUCCAGGAUUUGCUAUUGCCAAUCAGCGGCCUAGGCACAACAGGGGAGACAACACACUUGAUAACACGCACCCAGAAGUGAUCAAGAGUUAUCGGAACUGUUGUAUUAUCGUUCCUGAUUAACAACGAAACAAUGGAAUAUCUUUGCUGUUGGACAUUUUCCAAAGGUGUGGCUGUGAACGACCUUUCACCCCACUACAGGAUGGUGGUAGUGGGAGACCUAUGGAGUGGUAAAACCAGUUUGAUCUACAGAUUCACCAGAGGCACUUUACCAGGGGACGACACUCAGACGGUAUUCGACACCGACGAGGUUCAAAUACCGAUAGAUAACAAAAAGGUAUACCUGACGAUCAGAGACACGUCCGGUACAGAAGAGGACGCGCGAAUCCGCGCCCUAGCAUACGACAGCUGUGACGUCAUUCUCAUCUGCUUCUCUGUGGCGUCGCCUCAGUCGCUCCACAACGUGGUGUCCGAGUGGGCUUCAGAGGUCCACCACCUGUGUAAAAACGUGCCCUAUUUACUGGUGGGGACCCACGCAGAUCUAAGGGACAACUCGAAACUUAAAAGAGCCGAAAAAGAGGUUAAAUUUAUUAGCAACAAAAAAGGGGAGCAAACUGCGAAAAUGAUAGGAGCUAAAGGAUAUUUUGAGUUCUCUGCUCUUGACGAGAGAAAUGCGGUGAAAAAGUCGAAAUUUAUUUUUGGUAGAGCUGUUAGAGAAGUUAUGAAAAUCCGGAAAACUUUUGGAUCUUAACAGUGUUAAUUUAACUGUGAAAUAUUGGAACACCUCGCGUACUGAAAUAACGAAAAAGUAGGGUGAA